UUUUCAGUAGUGUGAUGCUGGUUAAAUGUCUUAGCAAAGUCAGCGCACUUACCCAAGUGGGUACACGCGGCAUGUGCACUGAGGUACGACGCGUUGUCCUUAUUCCCGGUGAUGGAAUUGGGCCAGAGAUUUCCAAAUCCGUCCAGGAAAUCUUUGAGGCAGCUAAGACUCCAAUAGAAUGGGAUCCCGUUGACGUGACACCAGUGAAAGGAAGAGAUGGAGUUUUUCGGAUUCCUUCACGCUGCAUCGAGCUCAUGCAUAAAAACAAGGUCGGUCUAAAAGGACCACUUGAGACUCCGAUUGGAAAAGGACACCGUUCCCUCAAUCUUGCUGUUCGUAAGGAAUUCAACUUAUACGCCAACGUCCGUCCAUGUCGAUCCCUUGAAGGACAUAAAACUCUCUACGACAAUGUAGAUGUUGUCACUAUUCGUGAAAAUACAGAGGGAGAGUACUCAGGAAUCGAACACGAAAUAGUGCCUGGUGUUGUGCAGUCUAUCAAACUCAUCACUGAAGAUGCAUCGCGUCGUGUUGCUAAGUACGCGUUCGAAUAUGCUCGACAAAAUUCACGGAAAUACGUCACAGCGGUUCACAAAGCUAACAUCAUGAGAAUGUCUGACGGACUUUUCUUAAAUAUCUGCCGUGAACAAGCACAAAAAUAUCCUGACAUAAAAUUCAAGGAAGCGUAUCUUGACACUGUUUGUUUGAAUAUGGUGCAAGAUCCAAGCCAGUACGACGUGCUGGUGAUGCCGAAUCUUUAUGGUGACAUCUUGUCCGAUCUUUGCGCUGGCUUAGUUGGCGGACUGGGAGUCACGCCUUCGGGAAACAUUGGAGAAGAUGCAGCAGUAUUUGAAUCUGUUCACGGUACCGCUCCGGAUAUUGCUGGGCAGGAUAAAGCUAAUCCCACGGCCUUGCUGCUUUCUGCUGUAAUGAUGUUGCGGUACAUGAAUCUCACGUCAUAUGCAACGAAGGUGGAGCGUGCCGUUUUUGAUGCGAUUGCUGAUGGUUCAGCAAAGACAGGAGAUCUUGGAGGUACCGGCACCUGCUCUUCAUUCACGGCGGACGUUUGCGCUCGUAUUCGGAAUAUGGAUUGAAAAGUUGCUGUGUCUAACUCAUUUGGAGAAUUCGGAAUUAGGAUACUUUUCAUAGUUUUGUA